AUGGAUAUACCAGAGGGUAAUGGAAACCCUCUGGGUAAUGGAAAUGGUCGAGCUAGGCAGACUCGACCGAUUGGGCUUGGAGAUGCACCAAACCGCCACCAGCAAAGAAGAGGGAUUGUCCCACCUCCUGUCCAGAACCACAAUUUCGAGAUCAAGCUGGGGAUGAUUACCUUAGUCCAGAACAAGAUGUUCCAUGGAUUGUCUUGUGAAGAUCCCAUUGAUCACUUGGAUGAGUUUGAUAGGCUGUGUGAUCUGACCAAGAUGAAUGGUGUCUCUGAAGAUGCCAUCAAGCUGAGACUCUUCCCUAUGUCUCUUGGUGACAAGGCCCAUCAAUGGGAGAAGAGUUUACCCCAUGGAUCAAUCACUACAUGGGAGGAUUGCAAGAAGGCAUUUCUUGCCAAGUUCUUCUCUACUGGUCGCACUGCUAAGCUGAGAAGCGAGAUAUCUGGUUUCACUCAAAGGAACAAUGAGACAUUUGCUGAAGCUUGGGAGAGAUUCAAGGGUUACACCAGUCAAUGCCCUCAUCAUGGCUUCAGCAAUGAGUCUUUGCUUUCCACACUUUACAGAGGAGUUUUGCCAAGAUACAAAGAGAUGUUGGACACAGCCAGUAAUGGAAACUUCCUCAAUCAAGAUGUAGAUGAUGGCUGGCAGCUUGUGGAGAACAUUGCUAACUCAAGUGGGAGCUAUGGAGAGGAGUAUGAUCACAAACAGGAGCUCGACCUCCAACUCGAUCGAGUCUGA